AUGACGCAAGAGCCGGAACACAUAGAGAUCCAGGGUACGGAGAGGCCUUUGGCCCCUCGAAACGCCAACACCGCGCACGCUAUCGGGGGUCCGAACGAUGAUCUUCUUCUGCCAGCCAUUGCCACACUCCUAGCCACCAUCCCAGCCACACUCCUUUCCUAUGCGCGAGACACCUUCGCCAAUCGCGCAUCCAACGAAGGGCCCGCCCACAAACCAACCGACGACACCAUCACGACCCUCUGGUUCGUAUCGAUAGUGCUGGCGCUCUUCUCCGUCAUCCUCCGACGCAGAGCCACCCCGUUCACACGAUAUUCCUUGACGGCAUCGGUGAUUACCCUUCUCACCGGGCUUCUCGUAUUCAGCUGGGCGGAGCAGCCGAGAGCGGUGUCGAUCACAUUCACAGUAGUGGUGGGAUGUGUUCUGUUUACUGCCGCCUUCUAUAAGUAA